GCCAUGCGAUUACGAUGACGACGAUGUCGAUUUUAACGUGCUCGGAUGGUGGAAGCGGAACGAACACAUGUUCCCAUGUCUCGGCAUGCUAGCAAGACAAGUGUUGUCCGUCCCAGUAUCAACCGUAGCAGUUGAACGAGAAUUCAGUGCUGGCGGCAACAUUCUAACCGACUACCGAAGUUGUCUUAACGCUGAAUCUCUUGAAACACUGGUUUGCAACCAAGAUUGGCUCUUGGCAAGACGUUGGGCUCAAGAGUCAUCGUACCAACUCGAAUCGGAGCAUUACAUGAAUGCAACCACAGAU